AUGAACUACCUCGCCCUCUUCACUCUCUUCCAGGCCAUCAUCGCCUCUGUCAAGGAGACCACCGGCGGCUUCGAGCUGGAUCUUACGGCUCGUAUCAACCUGCAUACCGGCUACUUCCUCAACGCUCUUCACACCAUCGGGUACUCGCACUACGGCAUUCUGACCAUUGGCGCCGGCGACAACAACUCGGAUACCCUUGCCUUCGGCGAUGACUUCGCUCCAUCCCCGUCGGCCACCAUCACCGGCCUCCUCGUACCCUUCGCCGCAGCAUCCCCCAACGGUGUGGAACUCUGCAUCGCACCCGAAGUAUGCCCUCUUCCCUCCGGACUUCUUCGAGGGCUACUCGUUCCGCUCACGUCCACACAAACCUCGCUGCCCGAUAUCGACACCCUCCGCAAGGACCUCGUCGUGGUUUCAACCCGCAUUCCUCUCAAGCCUCUUGUCUUCCACUCCACCGUCUAUUCCGCCUACAUUCAGUCUUGCAUCGUUCUCGUUCUCGUCCUCUUCGUUUUCGUCUUCCUCAAGUUCUUCAAAUUCUCCCGGCAUAUAUUCUCUCGUCCCGGCGCCACUCCUACGCGUCGCACCAUCUUCCGCAGAACACAUCUCCAGGCCCUUGUGCCUCUUGAUGUCACCCAGAUCACGAUUUCUACCGCCCUCAGCACUUCUCUCCCCAUAAACAUCACUCCCCAUUCGCCUGCCAUCAUCGAUAUUUCCGAUCCAGAGGCCGUCGUCGGUCUCUUCUCCAUCAUCGCCGAACAAUCUUAUCAACUAGCCGCAUUCGACGCGCACAUCAAGUCCCAGGACCUCAUCAUACACGAUCAGAGCCAGACUAUCGCAUCCGUCUCAUCCGAGCUUCAGGCCUCCCAGACUUUCGCUGCCGCUCAGAGCUGCACGAUCACCGGCUUGCAAUUUCAGCACGCUGCAUCCCAAGCGGCUUCUAUGGCUCAGAACCAGGAACUCUGCGACAAUCUGGCUGCGGAAAAGCAGGAGAACGAACGACUUCGCGCGGAGAACCGGCAUCUUCAGGACACCAUCAUCGCAUCGAAGGCGGACAACGCGCUCUCUAGCCAGAUCAUUGUCAGGAUGAGCGAGGAAGCCUCUGCUGCUCAAGAAGCCUCCGAAUCCGCACUCGACGCCGCUCAUACCGAGAACGCAUCCCUCAAAGACCUCGUCUGCACUCAGAACAACACCAUCGCCGAACGGGACGCGACUCUCACCAACGUCAUCGUCACUAUCGCGUUCGCAUCAAUUGCCAACUCCUCUCUCCGGCGCCAGCUUCGCGGCAAAGCCCAACGGGUUACCGCGCUCACGAGCCAAGUACAGACCCUCCAAACCGAUUCAACGAACCAAUCCGCUCAGCGCACAGUGGAGAUCAAGAACCUGACGUCCGCGCACGCCACCGAGUUGUCCAUCGUCUCCGAUGAACUCCAGGACUCACAGGCGCAGCACGCACACACGCAGCACAGCUUGACCGCCACUCGAGAGAAACUAGCCCAGACUCAGGCCGAGCUCAAGUCCGAGCGCAUCAGUUCUGACUCUCUUCGAGCUGUAGUCUCCAAGAAGACGGGCACGAUCCGCGAGCUGCGACGCGCCGGGUCUGAGCUCAUUAUCAUGUAUGAGGAGCGCAUCGCUCUACGCGAUACAAUCAGUCUUGACGUGGCUAAGGCUGCGACUCGACUUGAACGCUCUCGCGGCGACAAGCGUCUUGCUGAAGAGCAGGCCCGCUACAAAGAGCUUGAAGCGCGACUGGCAAAGCCUCAUACUACAUCUAUCCCUUCAUCGAACUCUCUACACAGCCUCAACGACACACAUGCGCGCCUUUCCGCGCGUCCAUCUCAUGGCAACCUAUUGGAUGUCAACAUCUCCGUCUCUGCCUCGCUCGCUGCCAUGCCUAGCUUCACCUCUAUCUGCGCCAUCGCAGCAACAUCAUCUUCUUCUAUCUCGGCGCUCGCUACACAGCCCGUCAACAUGACAUCGGUCGCUCGUACCACGACGGUACCCUCUCUCUCCGCACACGCCAAGAACGGUGUACGCAAACCUCCGACGCGCAAACCUAGCGCCCCAUCUACGAAGCCCACGAAGCCUACGCUCAGGACCCAAACCAGGGCUGGCAAGGAGAACACGCUUUCUACCAAACCGGCCGCCAAGGUCUCUACGUCACGUGCAAGCUCGCGCCUAACGUCCAAACGCCCUGCACUCGCUUGA